AUGACUGGUCGGACGAGCUUUCUCGUCCCUUUCGAGAUCGAAAACGAGACAAAGAAGCCAAGGCAUCGGCAUCGCCGGUGCAUCAUCAUUGCUGUCGUCCUUGCCUGCUUUGUGGCGGUGUCUUCGGCUGUCGCCGCCAUUGUUGUUUUGACUACCAGGACCCACAAGAACCAAAGCAGCGAGGAAGUUGCUGAGUUCAGCGCGAGCCUGGUCAUCACGAAUAAAAAUUUUACGGAUGACAUGCGCAACCACUCGUCAACUGACUACAUAAAUUUUCAAAAAGAGUUUUGCAACAUGAUGCAGAAGAUGAUUGAUAAAGCCGGAAACAAUGAAAAGGCGGGACAAUACCAGAACUGCACAGUUGUCAACCUGAGUAAUAUCAUGAUGUUUAUGACUGGGACUGGCAUGAAGGGCUUCAAGACAGGAAAUGAUCGGGUUCCAGUCAUCAAACAAUGGAUCCAUUAA